UUGUGGUGAGAGCACGCGCCGCUUGUUCGCGUUUCGAUCGGACUUUUCGCGAAAUAAUAUUUAUUAGUGUUUGUGUAGUGUUACGUGAGCGAAAAGGAAGGAUCCGUAUCACGUGCCGUGGAGUAACCAGAGUUUGUGUUUAAGUGUUUUCGUAAUGACUUAAUCCAGUUAAUCCGGUGUGUUGAUGGAUGUUUUAAGUGUGUGCAAAAAGACUAAACACAUAAAAAUGGAAGCUUUGGAAAGGAGAGGAAAAGUUUUGGCUCUGACAGCGAUUGUAUUCAUAUGUUUUUGGUCACAAUGUAAAGGUGUGGAAGGGAAGAAUACGACAAGAAUGUCGUAUGUCUGUCCGCCAAUGUUCAUCAGAUUGGGACACAGCUGUUACUUCUUCAGUGAAAACAAAGCUACUUGGCAGAACGCACUGUUCACGUGCAAGGACCGUGGUGGAAAUUUAUCAGUACCAGCGCGUUGGGAGGACAGAAAUUUACGCAACUAUCUGAACAGACCUGGUAUCGAGAAAGCAAGUCGAUGGAUCGGCGGUAUAUAUGACUACGUUUCAAAAGCUUGGAAGUGGGGCGGCGAAUUGAAGGAAAUGCAUUACCAGUCUUUUAGCAAGAUGAAGAAGAUGACACCAGAAGAACUACAGUUCCACUGCAUUGCUAUGACGCCCGAAUUGCUCUACCGUUGGGCCGCCCGCAGCUGCUACGAGCCCCGCCAAUUCAUCUGCCAGACGAAACUCAGGAAAGUACCCAAAUCUAAACUUAAAGAACUACGACGUCGUUACCAACGGAUGGGUAAAAUCAACGAAAUAACCGCCCCCAGUGUUAGCAGAGAGGUCGAAGACCCGCGAAUCAAUGACGUCACAAGUAAUCCUGUCAGAAACCCAAAAUCAUACGAUUUGAAACCCAGCCCUCUAAGAAAAUUGCCGAAACGACGCCAACAUCAACUAAGGAAUAACAUGAAGCCGUAUGACUUGAGGCCGAACGAGGUCAGGAAGCGAUCACGGCCCAACGCGCAGCGAAGACUGACUAGACCAUUCCCAGGUUACCAAUGGAACCGACGCGACCCUGAAGGCUCUUACCGACGAAACGCUGACAUUCUGCUAUCAGGACGGACUGGGCUAAGUCCACAACAAAUCAAAAUUCACCUCUCUAGACUAGAACACCUACGAGACAGACAACUAGCCAGACAGAAACGCCUUAGAGAAAAUGACGACUGGCUUGUAAACGAUCCGCCGGCGAUAGUCCACACACACGCUAGGACAUAUACAGUAGACAAUAAUAUUAGUGCUCUCCAUCCAAAGACGAUAGUGGAGGAGUUUGACAUGCUACCACCGCCGCCACCGGCUGUCAUCCCACGACCAGUACGCAAUAUUUGGUGACAGGAAGAUCGCGAUUCAAAGCCUUAAUACUCUUAUAAAACAUUAAUUAACUAGUUUGGAUGAAUUUUGUUUCAAAAACUUGACAAGCUUUAAGUUUACGAAUCGAUUUCCCAUACCAGUGACAUUUUGCGCUAGUUAGUAACAACGCCAUCUAGUGUCGAGUAGCUUAUUGUAAAAAUAUUUAAGUUUCGAAUAAUUACUUUUGCUUCUCUGCUUAGUUCUUCUACUCUUCAAUCGCUAGAGCAGUCAGAACGACGACCUAUUUAUUAAAACCUUAACGACCAAUGUUUUGUGUGUGCUUAGUCUUAGGCUGUUUAAAUAGAAAUGUACUCUUAGAUAUUAAGAAAAAAAAAUUGAUUCGAACCACCUUUUAAUCGUAUCCAAUAUCUGAUUAAAUAGAUAAGUUUGUAUAACAAUUAAUAUUUUUUUAUUAGAAUUUAGUGAAUAAGUUUCGAAAUUAAAUAAAUAACAAUUCUUUAGUUGAUACGCUAACUAAUACUAUUGCUUUUUUUAAUGUAUUUAAAAAAUGAGUCGUACAUUAUAUUGGCAUUUUUACUAAGAAUAAAAUAAGUACUUAUUAAUUUUAAUUAUACGUUCCAUAAUUAUAAUGAUAAGUAUAAAAUUGUAAGUUUAGUGCCAAUAAUAGUCCUCGCAUUUAAUUAAAACUAACAAAAAUAGUACAUGAUUCUACAUAUUCAUUACCGAAAUGCGUAUCUACGACAAUAUAAACCGGCUGUUAUUUGCACGUCAUGUGUCAAUAUCAAUUCUAUAACAUAAUCGUGGUGGAUGUACACAUUCGCUAUCGGUCGCGUGAAGUCUUGGCGAGUGUGCACCACAGCCAUUCCGGUAUUAUAAAUACGUCAAAAAAAUUAUCUAUAUCUAUUGAUUUGUUAAUCUUAGAACAAGGUAUGUAUGUACUCCAAGCACAAAGCUUACUUUUAUUUCAUAAAAUCUAAUAAACAAAAAAUUUACCGCCCUAUUCAUAUAAUACAAAUUAGUCUAAUUGCACUGCUAACUAAAGUACACUUUUGUCUCUAUUUGUAAUAAUUAACUGAUGAAAAGAGGCAGAAGAACUUUAUAUAAAAUGGUAUAAUUAGACUGGUUUAUUGUUUAUGGGUUAAUUUAUAAUCUUUAUUAUAUUUCUGAUCUGAAUAGUAGGUUUAGUUUUACAUUAGAAUCAAUACUUUACUAUUACAUACUCGGGAAGAUUUAGAAGUGUUAGAUUUUAAAAACACCCGUAAAUUAUCAAAUCAAAAACGUCAAAACCUAGUCUUCUUUUUAAGCUUAACAGUAUUACGUGCCUUUUUUACACUUUUAUUUUAACAAUACUAUCAUAAAAUUGUGAGAUUUGUCGAUAAUGUGUAAAUCAUGAUAGUGUAUGAUUCUAAUGUUUGUGUUUUAAAUUAUUGAGUAAUAAACGAUACAUAUUUUGAAAAAGAUUUUUUAUUUUAUUUAGCGACAUCUAGUGUACAGUAGCAUCGUAAAACCUUGUUUCUUAUUGCCGUGGUAAUUAUCUCUAGUUUUUAAACAACAAAAAAAUGGUUUUCUAUAAAAUACUAACACAUAUAUCGAUAUGCCAACCACAAAAUAAAUAUUUAUUUUAAGCUUUUAAUGUAUGCUGUAUAUUUACAUCACCGUUACAAUCAAUUUAAUGUAAUAUGACUAAUAAAAAAAAAUAAGUUUUUUAGUUAAAUCAAAAACUAAAUAGUGAUAAGUUGAACAGAGUUGGCCUAGUAGCUUUAGCGUACGACUCUCAUCCCUGAGGUUGUAGGUUCGAUCCCCGGCUGUGCAUAUGGACUUUCUUUAUAUUUGCGCAAUUAACACGAACGGUGUAGGUAAACCGGUUGUGUCUAAACCCAAAAGUCAACGGCUCACUGUAUUAACAGAACACCCUUUAUCAACAAGGAAAAUCCAAUGAAAAAUUCAUACAAUUAUUAAACAAACAAACAAGACAUUAGUUAGGAAAACAAGCUAAAGAACAUUUAAUUUUAAAUACAUUGAAUUAGUUCUA